AUGGAGCGCGAGUUCCAUGUUACCAUCAUGAUUGCGUUUAGCUGUGGCAAGUCCUUGACGGGGACAGUAUGGGGCUCACAAAGUGUGGAAAGCAGGAGGACCCUAGCUUCUGCCGCUGCUGGGUAUGAAGAUAAUAUGGAGGGACUGUCACCUUUCAAGAAACAGCGCCGAACUGAGCUUUGGGCGGAGCAGGAGGAAGAGGAUCCCCUCUUCACAGAGACACAUCCUCGCCUCGUGCACCGAACAGAGCCUAUGUCAGUGCCAGACUUUUACGAGGCUUUCGAUAAAGCUCUUGAUGAUUCCAAGGUUGUCACUGUUCACGGCCGAGUCCGAUCUAAGCGAGUUGUAGGAAAGCACCUCAUCUUCCUCGAUAUUGUGAAUGAGUUUACACGCCUACAAGUCUUACUCAACCGGUCAAAGUGCAUGGUGGAACAUGAUAUGAGAAGAUUGAAGUUUGCAAUGUUCAGAAAUUUAAUUCAAGUGGGCGACCACAUAUCAAUCACUGGUAUUCCAACUCGUAACAAGAAUGGUCAACUCAACCUUGAGGCCCACCAUCUACCUGAGCUCUUGUCCCCCACCAUGGAGCAGAUUCCUGAGAAGCUCACCGAUCCUAAGACGAGAAUGCAAGAGCGUCAUGUUGACAUGUUGGUGAAUCGUGAGGCUGUUGACGUCCUGCGUCUACGUGCCGAGAUCACCAAGCACAUGCGUGACUACUUCCACUCCAAACGAUUCCUCGAGUUCCAAACCCCGAUCCUGGCUGAGAAUGCCGGAGGUGCCGUCGCUCGUCCUUUUGUUACUAGAGCCACCGAGUUCAAGAACAAAGAUUUGGCAUUGCGCAUUGCCCCCGAGCUAUGGCUUAAGCGUCUCGUCAUUGGAGGUGUUGAUAGGGUCUUUGAGAUUGGUCCUUCAUUCCGCAAUGAGGGUGUUGAUGCCACGCACAACCCCGAGUUUACUAUGUGCGAGUUCUACAGUGCCUACAUCAACUUGGAGGACUUGAUCAAGGAGACUGAGGAGCUUUUGUGCAGCCUUGCCCAGCACUCCCAGGAUCUCAUUUCUACCCAGCUCACAUCACUUCCUCCAAUCGACAUGUCUCGAUUCGUCCGUCCCUUCAAGCGAGUCGAAUUCGUUCCUGCACUACAGGAAGCUCUUGGACUGCGUCUGCCCAAGCUCUCGUCGCCAACUGCUUUGCCAGAGUUGCUUGCCAUCUUGAAGCUUGCUGGCAUCGAGGUUCCUGGUGGGGCAUUCUUCUCACUAUCCAAGUUGCUUGAUCGCUUGGCUGCUGUUUACUUGGAACCUAUGUCCUUCACAGAGCCUAUUCUUAUCACAAACCACCCUGCGUGCAUGUCACCAUUGGCAAAGAGCUUCCUGUGUCCUGAGACCCUUCAGCUAGUGUCAGCUCGAGCAGAGCUCUUCAUCGGCGGUCGUGAAUUGGCCAACAUGUAUGAAGAGGAGAACGAUCCCGAAGCGCAAAGACGCAAGCUAUACGAACACCGAUAUCUCGUCAACAAGGAUGAUGGUAGCGUGGCCAUUGAGCCUCCGGAGACACCAGAAGGCGAAGAUGCUAUUAUAGAAGCACAGGAAGAGCCUUUUGAAGAUGAAGAUGGUGAUGCUGCUCCUUUGGACCAGAGCUUUGUCAAGGCUUUGGACUAUGGCCUACCUCCCACCGGUGGCUGGGGAUGCGGUAUCGAGCGUAUGGUCAUGUUAUUCUCUGGUGCCAACCGCAUCAGUGACUGUCUCAGCUUCGGCACGAUAAGGAACGUGGUGGGACUUUCUGCGGCAGAGGAGAACAAGAAGAUCGGCUCUGAGGAAGACAAGCAGGCGAGCGAAGAUGGAAAGAAGACAGACUCUGAUGAGGGAUUGUAA